AUGGCCUCGACACCGGCAGAAGCCCCUGCACAGAAGCUGGGCCCUCCAGUGAGCCUGCUGCUGAGCCGCCCCUCCAAGGACAGGAUCUCCGUGACGUCGGCGGUCAACAGCAGCUCCUCAAGUUUCGCUGCCAUCUCCACGAGCUCCAGCUCCGAGGAAAACGCAGAGUCGUCGGAUGAUGAUCUCGAGGACUACUCGGGCAAAGGCAUCGACCUGGCCGUGUUCCACCUGAUUUGUGCCAAGCUCGUGGCCGACGCCAAGCUUGCUGUGAGGGCCAAUGCAGGGUACACGAUGGAAGAGGUGUCCAUGAUGCGAGAGAAGUUUGCAGUGUAUGAUGCAGAUGGCAGCGGUGACAUCGACAAUCACGAGCUUGCCAAGCUUUUUCAGGACCUUUGCCCCGACAUGUCGUCGAACAUGGCCAAGCGGUCGGAAGUUGCGAGAAUACUCACAGAGGUGGAUCCCGACAAGACGGGAUCCUUGGACUUCCCGGACUUCCUGAGGCUAAUGCGUCAGGUGGACGACAUGCAAGACCGCCUUCGUAUGGCGAAGGAAGCAUUCGCCGUGGAGAAGACCAAGUUUUCAUCGCGGGAGGUGGAGGAGUUCCGACGGAUCUUUCUCGGCGAGGAAUCCGAGGACGGAUCGAUGCGCGGCCUCUUGAGAUUGGAUGAGUAUUUGGAGAUGGUCGGGCCGGUGGUCGGACUUGGAAAAGCAAAUCUGGACGAAUUGACUCGCCUCUUCUUCGACAUUGACUCCCACAUGCAUGAAGAGUACAGGGAGAAGGUCGUCGCACCGCUGAGUCCCAAAAAUCAGCGAUAUGAAAGCAUGCCGCUCAACAGGCCACGAAUCGCUGUGGACUUCCCAGAAUUCUUGAUCCUCAUGCAGAUGCUGCUGGACAAGAAUGCCUGCCGAAUCAAGGAGCAGAGCAAGCUCAUCGCUGACCUCGGGCAACGAAACUCCGUGCUGCAGGUCCAGGUCCGUCGACCUUCGUGGAGGUUGCGGGCUCAGUGCAGAAAAGGUCAGCAACUACAGCAGUAG